AAGCAGGAAACAAGUGCAGAGAUUAGCCCCAGUGAGCAGCUGAAGACUUCACACCAAGGAGACAAAAUGUCUGGUGCAAGAAAGGAACUACAGGAGGCUUUGUGCCACUACGUCACAGACACCCUCGUCUCCAUGGCCUCAGUGAGAGGAUUCUGUGAGACGGUCUCUAAAUGGGUGCUUGCGAGGGAGGAGGAAUCCAAGAUGAUCAAGGACAUCAAAGACAGGUUUGACAAAACUGACCUGAGCCUCAGCCAUGUUGCCAAGUCACAGGAGAAAGGUAAGGCCUUUCUGGAAUAUAUGGACAGCAUGGUGAAAGGAAAACAAACCUGUGAGGAGCUGGAGAAGGAGCUGGCAGCUGUGCUGGAGGACACUCUGGGAGGCCUGGAGAAGCUCGACUGCUUCCUGGAUGCAGUGGAGAAGCUGGCGGUCACCUCACUUCACGUGUUCAUGGAAAACCAGGUGUUAGUUCUACCUGGAAUGAUCACCCUUGAAAACAUUCAGGCUGUCAUCGCUGCUGCACGACUAAUCUGCCCCCUCCUCCUCGAGUUUAAAAGAGAUGCACGAGUCUUCUUUACUCCCAGACUCCAGAAUGCAGAAGUGCUGUCGUAUCAGUUGGACAGAUACAUACAGACCAUCCAGAUAAUCUGCGAGCAGUUUGAGAAAAGCUCCCUCUGGGACUUUUGCCUGAAGAAGACUAAAAUUAGAAGCAUAGUCGUGCAGAUGAUGUGGCUCAGGGAGUGGCAAGGUUCCUCAGAGUGGGUGAGCUCAUACCCGGGUCAGGCCCACAUCCUGAACCCUGUCACCUCCGGAUCUACCAGUCAAAUGACUCAGAUAGACAUGAUACCAUACAGCCAGUCCCAGGGAAUGAUGAGGGGGGACGGUGAGGACAGAGUGGCCGAGCAGAUGAUGGGAUUGCCGUACCUUAUAGAGGAAAUCGCCGUGUGGGGUAAUCUGUGGUCCCAGGACUGCAACAUCUCCACAGAGUGA